AUGUUAAAACAAGUAACUAAAAGUAGUGAGAAUGAUGGUGUGAAUGAUGGUAAGAAUGAUAGUGAGAAUGAUAUGAAUAAUAGCAUGAAUAGUACGAAUAAUCAAAUAAAUGAUGCGAAUAUUAUGAUUGAUGGUGUGAAUGGAGUGAAUAAUAAUGUGAAUAAUAGUGUUAACGAUAAUAUGAAUAAUAAUAUGAAUAAUGUGAAUAAUGGUAUGAAUGGUGUAAAUAUUGUAAUUGAUGGUGUGAAUAAUAUGAAUGAUGUAAAUAAUAGUGUAAAUAGUGUUAAUGGUAGUAUGAAUAAUAGUAGUGAACAAAUAAGACAAGAGAGUCGAUUAAAUAAUGAUAAGCAAGAAAUGCAACAUGCCAAUAUCUAG